AUGCAUAUACCGAUCGGUGUGAGGAAGCUUCGUGUCGUGCUUGAGCACAGUAUGGAAUUAGCUGCCGAAGUGUUACAUUUGAUGGAUGAUUUCGAUUCACUUUUCGAAUGUAUUGAGUAUCAAAACAUAGUCGUAAAUCGACAAACCCUCAUACCACUUACACUGCAACCAAAGCCAAUCCAGUUCGAGGUGUAUAACUGCACGAAUGUUAUCCAACUGAUUGUCGGAGGUGAACAGGCAAAGUAUGGCGAGUUUCCACAUCACGCCUUGCUAGGCUAUCCGAAAGAGGACAACCCGAAAGAGUUCGAUUUCAAGUGCGGCGGUACACUCAUUAGCGAUCAGCAUAUCCUGACGGCGGCCCAUUGCUUUGCAGAAGGUGACCCCACAGUAGUUCGACUCGGCGAAUAUGACACCACAUUCGAUGCGGGUGACGAGUACGAGAGUGAUAUUGCCAGCAUUAGACGACAUCCGAACUACUCGUUUUCGCGCUCGUACGAUGACAUUGCUCUGGUGAAGCUGAAGUAUCCGAUCUUACUGACCAAACACAUCCGGCCGGCGUGCUUGUGGGAAACGGAGGAACGUAACAUAACGCGUUACAUCGCGACUGGAUUCGGGUAUAUGGAAGCCUACAAUCCGGUACAGUCCACCGUGAUGAUGAAGGUGCAGCUGGACGAGUUCCCGGUUGGUGAAUGUGUUAAAGCUUUCAAAGGCGAUCGGAAGUUCAAGAAUGGUAUAAAGGAUGGACAGUUGUGCAUUGGAAGUAUUGUCGAGGGGCGUGACACUUGCCAGGGGGAUUCCGGUGGUCCGAUACAGGUUGUGACUAAUUCGAAAAGCUGUUCUUACGGUUUGGUUGCCAUUACGUCGACAGGUGGUAUUUGUGGCAUUGGAAAUUCGAAGGCAGUGUACACUAAGGUGUCACAUUACAUUGAUUGGAUAGAGGAUAAUGUGUGGGGUGCUAAUAGGAUGUGAGCGCGGCGAUAA